AUGAUGCGCCCGCGCGAUCCGCGUAUCCGACAACGUAUAAAUCAGAUAUCUCAUAAUAUCGAAUCGGCCAAUGAGUCCGCCCAGGAAGGACUAUACGCCUUUUCGCAGAAUUACAUUUCCCCCUGUCUAUCCAACAUUGCAACCUGUAUCAGCGCAUGCACGGCGCCUUGUAUCUCAAAUCGCGACGAUCGGCUCCGGCGCCGGCGCCAGGGACAUGCCGAGGCCAACUUCGAUUUCUACGAUGACUGGGAUAACACCCAAGAAGAAGAUACCUUAGUAGGAUGGGGCACCGGUGAACUAGACCGUCUUCUCGCUGGAAGUGGCUUGACUCGCUCCACCGACCAACCACGGCGCCCGCGAAGUAUGAGUUAUGGUACAACACGUUACACAAGGAGGAAUACAGUCCAUCUCCCGGAUGAUCAGAGAGACCCUACGGUUAUUCCAAGUUCAGCCUUGAUUGGGUUCCUAGAGCGCUUUCCCUGGAGAUUUGGUGCCAAGGGAGUUAAAUAUCGUCCAUCGGCAGCGGACUUACAGGAUCAUCCGGGUGGCUCUCGACGCUAUGCACAUGAAGAUGAGCCCUUGAUGGAAGAUACCGAGGAAGAUGGGGGGCGGGUACCGUACGGUAAUAAAAGGAAUCGAAGUGGGACAGAGUCGUCGCGUGGUACCUCCAACUCCUUUAGCUCACGUGGGGAUUUAUUUCCAAGCGAUGAAGAAGACGCAGUUCCACUGGAUGAUGAAUUUGCCUUUGCCUUUGGACGUCGUGAAACAGGUCUGGAAUCAGAUGAUCAAGCAUCAAAGUCCGAAAUAGUGAUAUCUACUUCCAGUACGUCCAGUUUGGGAGAUACGUCUUCGAAAAGGUCAAACCGGAAGAAAAAGAACGAGAAACAAAGAAGGCGUCCCUCAACGAAAUCACUAAUAGAUGCGGAUCAGCAAGUCAUGCAUGGCGUUGGCGAUUCAUCAAUGGCAUCUUUGAAAAGAGAGGAAGACCAAAUAGCACUUGAUGAGGAAUCUGCCAUUACAUUGAAGCGUGUCGCUGCACAAGAAUUGGCUGCUAAACGCGGUCUUGAUCCAGCGAAGCCUAAUAUGGUACGGCAAUGA